AUGAUCGAAACGGCGUGCGUGUGCAAAGAAAGGAAGGACGGCGAGAAGGGAGACGAAAUUUCUUUCGGUCCACGCACCGAUGACGUUUAUCGAACCUGCAAUCUUCCGGCACGAUUUAUGUACCCACGAGUGUUCAAGGGAUAUCGACAGGACGAGAGUCCGCUGCCGCAUCCUUGUUACAGAAGCACGUCGAUGGAUUACGGAUGGUACGCACCUGCCAUUCACACCGUGCCCACCACUUAUUACCCGCGAAAUACUUCUUUCAGCGAGAACCAGGGUCGCGGUGGCAUGUACCGUAAUCGCUCUCUCAAUACGGAAUUGGAUAAAAGCGUAGUUUAAA